GAAUUUAUCGUGCCAUAUACAGAAAAUGAAUGCACAGAUCCUGGAAUUAUUUAUCUUUCUUUUAUUUUUGCCUUUGACCUCUGGAGGUUACUACUGCUACUAUAACUACUCGUCAGGAUACUACUACUACUACUGUUAUUAUUACUACACUUACGACAAUGCUGGUGUAUAUGCUGGGGCAGUUGUCGGGGCCAUCGUUGUCAUUGUCAUCAUUGCAAUUGUCAUCUGUGUCGUCAAAAACAAUCACAGGAACCGUGUGAUGACAAUAGGCGGCGGUCCGUCAACCACUGUGACGAACGUUAAUAAUGUUAACACUGUUCACCACCCACCUCCUCCAAGUUAUGGAUUUGGACCUCCACCUCCAAGUCAUGGAUACGGACCUCCCCCUCCCGGUUACGCCCAACCCUCCAAUUCCAUGUUUGGAGAUAAUAACCCCGCCUAUCCACCACCACAGUAUCCGCCUCCGAAGUAUUAGAGUUCCGAAACAUCGAUAAAUGUAAAAACCGAUGAACAUUGCAAACAUAUGAAUAUUUAACGCCUAUAAUUUUAUUCAAGAAUACUAGUAUUUGUGAUCACUUUCAGAAUAUCUAAUGCUUAUUUCUAAGAUCUUAGCAGUAAAUGAAGAACUGUCUUAU